GUCAAAAAUUGACCUUCACAACCCCUGCGGAAGAAAAAAAAAAGCAUCGACACUUAAGCACACGACAUUGAUGACGAACGCGAGGCUAAAUAUUGGGAGAGGAAAAAAUUCUAAGAUAAAGACGGUGACGAGAUUUGCCGCCGUGUUUUUGUUGUUGGUAGGCGUGGCUUACGCCGCACCCUUAGAUACGGACCUCGAUUUAAUGGCCCUAGUCCCUCCUUCUCGUCCAAAUUCCUUCCAAAAUUUCCAAGAAAUGCAGCGCUAUCUGAUGGAAUUAAAUAAUUUUUAUCACAUGAUGUCACGUCCAAGAUAUGGGAGAGAUGUUAGUCACUUAAGCUCAAAAACGAAGAAAAUGCAGGAAAUCCUUCAUCAGUUAUUGAAUCCAGUGGUUUAAGACAGGAGUUUGAGUCUAUAUUCAGUAACAUCCAUGUUACAGUAAAGGACAAUGACUUGUUUACAUUUCUAAUUGUUUUAUAAAAUGGCGACUGCAUAUACUUUUCGAACACGCGCACUAUUCAAGUAGCAAAUUAA